AGAGCCCUGCACCAUGCCGCAGAACGUCAUCCUCCCAGGACCCGCGCCCUGGGGUUUCAGGCUCUCGGGAGGAAUAGAUUUUAACCAACCCUUAAUCAUUACCAGGAUUACACCUGGAGGCAAGGCUUCAGCUGCCAACCUGUGCCCUGGUGACACUAUUGUGGCUAUUGAUGGCCAAAGCACAGAAAACAUGACGCAUAACGAUGCCCAAGAGAAAAUCAAAGCAGCCGUCCACCAGCUUUGUUUGAAAAUUGAGAGGACAGAAACUAAAUUAUGGUCUCCACAAGUAUCAGAAGAUGGCAAAGCACACCCCUUCAAGAUAAAUUUGGAAGCUGAACCACAGGAUAUGAACUACUUUGAACACAAGCACAAUACUCGGCCCAAACCUUUCAUAGUCUCAGGCCGAAGCAGUGGAUGCAGCACUCCUUCGGGGAUUGACUGUGGCAGUGGGCGCAGCACCCCCUCCUCCAUUAGCACUGUUAGCUCCAUCUGCCCCACGGAGCUGAAAGCCGUGUCUAAGAUGGCCCCUAACAUUCCCCUGGAAAUGGAGCUUCCCGGUGUCAAGAUUGUACAUGCCCAGUUUAACACACCUAUGCAGUUGUACUCAGAUGACAAUAUCAUGGAAACACUGCAAGGCCAAGUUUCUACAGCUCUGGGGGAAACACCCAUAAUGAGCGACCCGGCUCCCACCUCAAUACCUCAGUCUGACGUGUACAGGAUGCUGCACGGYGGCCAGGAGGAGCCCAGUCAACCCCGCCAGUCUGGCUCCUUUAAAGUGCUCCAGAAUUUAGUCUCCGAAGAAGAUGGACGUCCCAUGGGUACAAGAAGUGUGAAAGCACCUGUAACAAAGAUACCUACUGGCACCGCAAGUGCCCAGAAAGUGCCACUGUGUGACAAAUGUGGAAAUGGCAUUCUAGGGACUGUGGUGAAGGCUCGUGAUAAGUACCGGCACCCAGAAUGUUUUGUUUGCUCUGACUGCAAUCUGAACCUGAAACAAAAGGGCUACUUCUUUGUGGAGGGACAACUAUACUGUGAAGCUCAUGCACGAGCUCGCAUGCGACCACCGGAGGGAUAUGAAGCAGUUACUGUUUACCCAAAAUGCUAGUCUURCAUUAACACACAAAUCUAUGCAUGCACACGAGAAGUCGUUAACAGCUUAGAACAGCAAUCCACUGUCAGGACUUCUGUCUGAAUCCAAAUCAAAGCAGCUAUUUUACCAGAAGAGAACAAAACCAGUUGGUCAUGUCUGCAAAAAACAUCUAUUAUUCAAUUAUUAUUAGUGUGCCAAAUAUAGACUUUGCUUACCUUGCUUUGGAUUUGGGAUUUAUUUACUUAAUUUUCUGAUGCAAGAAAUGUAAUAAGGAACUACUUGAUACAAUAGAAGGGCUAGUAUAAUAAAAACCUCUAGUAAAAAGCAAAAUAGAACUUCUAUGUUGUUUUAAUGAUUUGCAAAAUGCAAUGAAAUCAGCUUUCACUUCACUUAGCAGAAAGUUGUUGAGGCACACGCACCCAUUAACUGUUCAUGGAAAACAAUUUGUUCUCUAAAUUAAGAAUGAAAGUAAAUGUAAAAGCUUUUCCCUGGGAAUGGUAGUUUUUGCCUCUGAAUCAUUCAAUUCUCAUAAUAGAAAUGUUAAAUUAAAACUUAAGCAAAUUUACUAAGUUUUAUGUCAAGUGUACAAGAUUAAUAGAUUAGUUAUGAACCACUUCAGUGGCAAGCAAUCAUAUAUCAUUUUCCCAUUCUAAAAUAUAAGAGGCUUAAAAAGUAAGAAAACCGUGAAAUCAAAAUAAGAAGCUGUAUAUACCUUAAAUUUAUUCUAAAAAAUCAGAUGCUUCCCAAAGGUGCAAAUACAAUGUCUACAUAGUCAACAUUUUCAAGUUGCAUUAAAGUACUAUUCCAGGAUUAAGUCAUUUUAAAAACRUGUGUAUCACUGCAUAUACGUCUGCAUAACAAAAGCAUAUAGUGAUGCACCUUUAUGUAAUUCUGUUCCUCACACAUCAAGGAGGCUAUAUGUAGUAUUUAUAGUUUUCUACUGAUAAAGUCCAUAAACUAAAUCUGAAAAACYUUUUGAGGGUAAGAAUGCACAU